GAAAAUUUGCCUUUCUUGUGUAGUAAAGAAAGACCCACAGACCGAACUAAAUAGGCUCCCGAACUCUCAUUCGACUGAACAUGUCUAAACUACAGUCGUUUCGUGUGUUUUUAAAUGAGCGCUUAACGGAGGCUGCUGUGGAGAUUUUCGGUGCAGUUGAGAAAGCGGUAGUGGAGUACCAGGAGGAGAAUGAUCGGCUACGGAGAAUGCUGCGAAUCACACCGGAGAUAAAACUAUGUGGAAUAGGCUCCCUGCAGCUCUCUCUUGCUGUCUCUGAAGAGGCGGUUCCCCCUGAACAGCAGCACUGUGAGCAGGAGUGGAGCCACAGUCUGGGGCAGGAGGACCCAAAGCCCACACAGAUUAAAGAGGAACAGGAGGAACUCUGGACCAGUCAGGAGGAAGAGCAGCUUCAAGGGCUGGAGCCUGAUAUCAUAGAGUUCAAAUUUACUCCUUCCUGUGUGAAAAGUGAAUGUGAUCAGGAGGUCUCACUUCAGUCCUUAACUCUUCCCUUGACCCAGACUAUGGAGAACAGAGAGCGUGACUCUACACCAGUGGAUCUCAAACCUUGUGGCACUGUUACCAACCUAAAGGGUCUCGACAUUCCUUGUGACCGUCCAAGUAAUCAAAACAAUGCCUCUGGCCACAGCUCAGCCGUAAGCAGCCACCCAGUAGGACUUUACAGCAGCCCACCAAUGGAUGCCAACGCACCAUCCGGGGAACACCGCUCUAAACCCAGCACCACAUCUAUACAUAUUCACUGCUGCCAUGACUGUGGUGAAACAUUUGCUCUGAAAGCUGACCUGCAGAGACAUUUGACUCACCCCAAGAAGAGACCCAGUGAAUGCCGCUUAUGCAAAAAACACUACAACUCCACCUGUAAACUGAAGGCCCAUGUUCGACUCUGUCAGGGUGGGAAACCCUGCCUUGUUUGUGGUGAGACCUUCAAAUACAAAGGAGAUCUGUCCAGGCACAUGAAGACUCACAAAGGGGAGAAACCAUUCAGCUGUAGUGACUGUGGGAAAAGUUUCAAUCGCAAAGAGUACCUAACCGAACAUAUACGGACUCACACAGGAGAGAAACCAUUUAGCUGUGGUGUCUGUGGGAAGACCUUCAGUCAAAGGGGAGCCCUAGGGAGGCAUAUACGGACUCAUACAGGAGAGAAACCGUUUAGCUGUGGCGACUGUGGGAAAAGAUUCAGGCAGAAGGGUGACCUAGGGAAGCAUAUGUUGACUCACACAGGAGAGAAAAUAUUUAGCUGUGGUGACUGUGGGAAAUGUUUCAGUCGCAAACAUACGAACUGAUCAUAUACCGACUCACACAGGAGAGAAACCAUUUAACUGUCGAGACUGAAGGGUGACCUAAGGAGGCAUAUAUUGACUCACACACGUGAUAAGCACACUGUUGCUCAGUUUGUGGUAGAACAUUCAUUCGUAAGGCUCAUCUGCUGAAACACGUGAAUAACGUCCACAAAAGAAAGAAGUCAGGACAAAAACGGAAAGAAAGAAAAGUAGGACAUAACGUCUUCUGUCAGAUGGGAAUAAAAGUUCAAGUUUUUGUCAUGUG